CUCCCGGUUUCCCCGAUGCAGGGACGCACUUGCUCCGCUGCCAGUGCGGGAGGAUGGCGGCAGCCCCGGGGGAGCUCCAGUAGAUCUGCAGCUGGUCCCGCUCCUGGGACCGUCCCUGAUCCUCCUCGUUUGGGCGACCCGCGUGGCCAGGCAGCCCAGGCUGCUACCGGGAAGCCACCCACCCCGAUGGGAGACAGCGUGCCACCCACUACCUUGCCACCCCCCUUGCCUGGGGAUGCCCAGCAGGGAGGGCACACUCCCCUGCAGCAGGACCAGCCUGUCCCUGCAGCCAUCACCCCUUCCAGAAAGCCUGUCUGCCCUGGACCCCCAGCCAUCACCCCCUCCGGACAGCCCAUCUCAUCCAUCCCUCCAGUAGUCACCCCCUCGGAAAAGACCAUCUCACCCAUCCCUGCAGCUGUCACCCCUUCUGGACAGCCCGUCUGCCCCAGACCCCUGCUCAUGACACUCACCCCUAAGAGCAGCACCCCACAGCAUGACCGACCCAUCCUUCCAGCCGUGACACCAUCGGGACAGCCUGUCCCCCCCACCCCUACAGCUGUGGCUCCCUCGGCAGAGAGCAUCCCCCCACAGUGUGACCAGUCUGCUCCUGGGCCCCCCAAGCUCCCUGCAAAGGAGCACCCCAAAGAAGAGGCAUCUCCACAUGCUUCCAGCCAGCUGGUCCCUGUCCCCGCUGCUGCUGCCCCUUGCCCAGCAGAGACAUUGCCCCAUGGGAGCGAUCUCCCAGCCCCAGCUGCCAGCGAGGAGGCUCCCUCCAAUGCCAAGAGCCCCCUGGGUGGCACAGCCAGGCCCUCCAAGGAUGUGCCUCCCCGAAGUGACCGCACCACCCAGGCUGCAGCCUCCCCGGCUUCUGCUGCCAGCCCCAGGCCCAAGCAAGAUGCCCAGAAAGCCCAAGCAAGGCACAGGCAGGCGAAGGAGCGGCGCGAGGAGCGGGCCAAGUACCUGGCCGCCAAGCGGGUGCUGUGGCUGGAGAAGGAGGAGAAGGCCAGGCUGCUGCGGGAGAAGCAGCUGGAGGAGCGACGCAAGCGCCUGGAGGAGCAGCGGCUGAAGGCGGAGAAACGCCGCGCGGUCCUGGAGGAGCGGCAGAGGCAGAAGCUGGAGAAGAACAAGGAGCGUUAUGAGGCAGCAAUCCAGCGGUCAGCCAAGAAGACGUGGGCAGAGAUCCGGCAGCAGCGGUGGUCCUGGGCUGGGGCCCUGCACCACGGCUCCCCUGGGCACAAGGAUGGUGCGAGCCGCUGCUCAGUGUCCGCUGUAAACCUCCCCAAACACGUCGACUCUAUAAUCAACAAGCGGCUCUCCAAAUCCUCCGCCACCCUCUGGAACUCUCCCAGUAGAAACCGGAGCUUGCAGCUGAGCCCGUGGGAGAGCAGCAUUGUGGACCGGCUGAUGACACCCACCCUGUCCUUCCUGGCACGCAGCCGGAGUGCCGUGACACUGGCUGGGAAUGGAAAGGAGCAGGUGCCUGUGUGCCCCCGCUCAGCCUCCGUCAGCCCCCUCAGCCCUUGCCACAACCACCGCCUGCCACACCGCUGCUGGGAGAGGCGGAAGGGAGCCGGGGCCACCAGCAGCCCCGAUGUGACGCCGCGCCGCAGGACUGAGUCCUCGCCUAAGAAGAAGGAGAAGAAGGAGAAGGAGCGGGAGAACGCCAAGGAGCGCAGCGCCAUGUCCCGCGAGCGCAGCCUCAAGAAGCGUCCGUCACUGCCAGCGGCACAGCCCCGGCUCCGGCCCGCAGCGGACAGCAGCCCGGGCCCCAAGACCCGUCCCUCAUCCCCUGCCACCCCAAAACCCCGCCCGGCGUCCCCCAGCCUGGCCCUCGGCUCUCCUCACAAGCCGCCCCUGCCCCGCAGCGCCCACUCCUCACCCAAGGUGCGGGCCAGGGCUCGGGAGGAGCAGGGGGGGCAGGAGGGACAGGCAAAGACACGCGAGAAGAAGGAGGAGGAGCGGGGUCCGGCCCCCCCGGCCCUCCCCGAGCCCCCCAGGGUGCCUGCAGAGCCAACAGCAGCCCCCUCAGCCCCUGCAGCCCCCUUGGUCCCUGCAGCUCCCUCAGCCCCUGCAGCCCCCACCCCUGUGCCAGCCACCCCCCCAAGCAGACCCCCAGCUGGCACCACGGACCGGGAGGAGGCUUCUCGGCUGCUGGCGGAGAAGCGGCGCCAGGCCCGUGAGCAGCGGGAGCGUGAGGAGCGGGAACGCCGGGAGCAGGAGGAGCGGGAGAGGCGGCUGCAGGAGGAGCGGGCACAGCGGGCAGCGGAGGAGCAAUCCCGCAGGGAGGCCCUGGCACGGCAGCAGGAGGAGGAACGGAGGCUGCAGGAGGAGCGGGAAGCUCAGGAGAGAGCACGGGCUGAGCGUGAGGAGACGGAGCGGCUGCAGAGACAGAGGGAAGAGGCUGAGGCGAAGGCGCGCGAGGAGGCUGAGAGGCAGCGCCUGGAGCGGGAGAAGCACUUCCAGCGUGAGGAGCAGGAGCGGCUGGAGAGGAAGAAGCGCCUGGAGGAGAUCAUGAAGAGGACACGGAAAUCAGACACAGCGGAUGCCAAGGUGGGUGCCUGUCCUCUGUCCUCUGUGGACAUGGGGGACACUCUUGCCCACAGCCUCCAAACCUCUUCACACCUCUCAUCUCCAUGCAGAAAAAAGAAGACAAGAAGGUGGUGAAUGGGAAAGCAGCUGAGCAGGAGGAUGCUCCAGGCCGGGAGAAGCGUGCGGGGCCGAUGCCAAAGGAGGAGGAACUCCCCGAGACAGAGACAUUGAGUGCAGGGACUCCAGGGGGGACGAAGGG